UCGUUUGCGCAAGCUCUGUCAGAAAAUGAAUGGGAGUUUAUUUUGGUUAAGGAAUAGCAGCAUUCGAAGAUAUGUUUUUGGAUUGUCGGUUUACAGUCGCAGUCGGUUCGAAUAACUUUGUUUCUGAUACGCUUGCGGUGCUAUCGGAAGAACGGGACCUGUUGCUUCGAGUGAAAAAUCUUUUUAGUUUUUCGUUAUGUGGUGUUUUUUGCAUAGUGAUUUGAAGUGUUAAAAGCACAUCACAAAUUGCGUUCAAGAUGGGAUUACCUUUUACAAAAGAUGCUAGUGAGGAUGUGGAAGAACAACAACCACGACAGGAUAGUGGGUCUAAGCUUCAUGGAAGACAAGCAAGUAUUAGGCAGAGUACCAUCAGAGCUAAGGCAAAACAAACUAUGCCUGAUCCGGGAGAACUGGAAAGAAGGUUUACAAAAGUUUUGGCUUCCAUGGAUCUUCCUCCCGACAAAGCCAAACUUUUGAAAAGCUACGACUCCGAGAAGAAAUGGGAUAUUAUCUGUGAUCAGGAGAUGGUUCAUGCCAAGGACCCUCCAUCUUAUUAUUUACACAAAUUGAGGACCUAUUUGGAUCCUAAAGCCUCUAGAAGUCAUAGGAAAAGAAAAAUGGUUGUGGAUUCUACAUCUACGCAAGUUUUAAGGGACCUUGAAAUAUCUUUAAGAACUAAUCAUAUAGAAUGGGUACGAGAAUUUUUAAACGAAGAAAACAACGGUUUGGACGUACUAAUUGACUAUCUCAGUUUUCGUCUGGGAAUGAUGAGGCACGAACAGAGAAUUGCCGAUUCCCGAUCAACGUCGGAAGAAAAGUUAGGCUCCACUACUGGGACUACGUUUAGUUCAACCGCUUUCGAGAAAAGUUUAGACAAAAGUUUUGAUAGAACAAAUGGUUACAUAAGAAUGCCGUUAGAUAUGAGCGAUAGUCCGAGUUUAAAGCGACGAUCCAAACAUGUAGCGAAAUUGAAUAUGGGAGAAUCGAAAGACGAUAUUCACGUUUGUAUCAUGUGUCUGAGGGCAAUAAUGAAUAAUAAAUAUGGCUUUAAUAUGGUAAUCCAACAUAGAGAAGCUAUAAAUAGCAUAUCACUUAGUUUAAUUCACAAAAGUCUUCGAACAAAAGCCUUAGUAUUAGAAUUGUUAGCUGCGAUCUGUCUGGUCAAGGGUGGACAUGAAAUUAUACUUUCAGCAUUUGAUAAUUUUAAAGAAGUAUGUCAUGAGGUACACAGGUUUCAAACGCUUAUGGACUAUUUUUUAAAUUUCGAAGCAUUUCAUAUAGAAUUUAUGGUGGCCUGUAUGCAAUUUGUAAAUAUAAUAGUUCAUUCUGUCGAAGAUAUGAACUUUAGGGUGCAUUUGCAGUAUGAAUUUACUGCUUUAGGAUUAGACAAUUACCUAGAGAAAUUAAGGUUUACAGAGAGUGAAGAACUGCAGGUUCAGAUAUCUGCUUAUCUGGAUAACGUAUUCGAUGUGGCGGCAUUAAUGGAAGAUAGUGAAACCAAAACAGCAGCUUUAGAGAAAGUUGGUGAACUAGAGGAUGAAGUAGCGCAGCUACAUGAAAGGUUACAAGAUAUAGAACAUGCAGCGUUGGAGAAAAUAGGAAUGCUAGAAGCAGAUUUAAUUCAAACUAGACAAGAAAGAGAUGAUUUAGUCGAAUUUAAAAAGAGAGCCGACGAAGAAGUGUCGACGUUACGAAGGGUGGUUCAACAUCACGAAGAAGAAUCGAAAAAUAGGCAAUCGAUAUUUGAGAGUAAAAUCGCCGAAUUGGAGAAUAACACGCUACCUAAAGGUUCCUCAAGUACCCAAUCCACUACUCUUCCGCCUCCACCGCCACCAAGUAUACCAGCACCUCCACCAUGUCCACCUGCAGCGCCGGCUGCUCCUCCUCCGCCAUGUCCGCCGCCACCUCCCAGAGCUCCGGACAUGCCGGGAUUGUCGGGAGUACCAAUACCUCCGCCGCCGGCCGGGUUCAUGCAGGCACCAGAAGGAGCGAUGACGAUUAAGCGCAAAGUUCAGACUAAGUACAAAUUACCCACUAUUAAUUGGAUAGCAUUAAAGCCAAAUCAAGUUCGUGGAACUAUAUUCAACGAAUUAGACGACGAUAAACUACAUAAUCAAAUCGAUUUUGGUGAAUUUGAAGAGAAAUUCAAAAUUGGCAGCGCUGGACUUCUUGCUAAUGGAACCUGUGAUACUGACGGAUUACAAACAUUUCCAAGUAAAAGGUUUAAGAAGCCUGAAAAUAUCACUUUAUUGGAACAUACAAGGUUAAGGAAUAUUGCAAUAUCAAGACGCAAGUUAGAAAUGCCACCUGAAAAAGUCAUAAACGCAAUAAAUAUGCUAGACCUGAAACAACUAUCAUUAGAAAACGUCGAAUUACUUCAGAGGAUGGUACCGACGGAACAAGAAACCAAAGCUUAUAAAGAAUACGUAUUGGAGAAGAAAAAUAUUAAUAUGUUAACGGAGGAAGAUAAAUUUUUGCUUCAGUUAACUAAAGUGGAAAGAAUCUCUGCCAAAUUGUCGAUUAUGAGUUAUAUUGGCAACUUUUUUGAUAAUAUUCAUCUAAUUCAGCCACAAAUCCAUGCAAUAAUCUCAGGGUCAAAUUCAGUUAAGAAUUCUAGAAAAUUACGUUCUGUAUUGGAAGUUAUUCUAGCUUUUGGUAAUUACCUCAACAGUGCCAAGAGAGGACCGGCUUAUGGCUUUAAACUGCAAUCUCUUGAUUCAUUGCUUGAUACCAAAUCGACAGAUAAGCGAUUAUGUCUUCUUCAUUAUAUUGUGGCGACAAUAAGGCAGAAAUUUUCGGACUUACUUACUUUUGACUCAGAAUUGCACUAUAUCGAAAAGGCAGCUGUUGUUUCACUAGAAAAUAUUUCUACUGACGUUCAUGAGCUGGAAAAGGGUAUGGAAGCUGUAAGAAAAGAGGCAGAAAUUCGAGGCAGAGGCAAUCACAGUUUAGUUGUAAGAGAUUUCUUGGCCAAUGCUGAGGACAAACUUAGAAGGCUGAAAAGUGAUGCCAAAAUGGCUCAAGAGGCCUUUAGGGAAUGUGUUGAGUAUUUUGCUGAAUCUCCUAGAACAACUGAUGCAAACUCUUUCUUCUCACUACUAGUUAGAUUUGUAAAAGCUUUCAAAACUGCAGACCAAGAAAACGAACAGAGGAGAAGAUUAGAAAUCGCAGCUCAAAACGCCAAUAAUAAAGCUAAUGAAGAUGUAGCGAAGAAGAACAAAAUCAACCAAAAGAAGCAACAGGACGCAGUUAUAAACGAACUUAAAACUAAAACGAGAAUGGUACAGGAGAAGAAGCUUCUUCAGCAAGACGAGGUCUACAACGGCGCACUCGAAGACAUACUUUUGGGCCUUAAAAGUGAACCAUAUCGAAGAGCAGAUGCAGUGAGACGAAGCCAGAGGCGCAAAAUUGACAAUAACCGCUUAUCGAAGACUUUAGAAGAGCUAGAACUAUAGAUAAUACACGAAAUACUCUUUAGAGAUGAUAUUUUAUUUAGUUUUGGUUAAGUAUUUUUCUAUAAAACGUUUAUAAAUUGUUAUUUUGGUUUAUGUUAGGUACAAUGAAUUUGUAUUUUGUUUACAAUUUUGCUAUUAAAACUAUACGUUUUCAGAAAAUUUAAAUAAAUCGAUUAGAAAAAUAUAUUGUGAUAAAUGACAAAGAUAUUAAAGGAGCAAUGCGUUCAUGAUUGUGUAAGCAAUACUCUUUUGAAUAUCCUUUUUAUGAAAAUGCCUUCAGACAAAAGACUUAUGGUGCCUUUUCUCAAACUAGUUGUAAGAAAAUACAUUUUUACACGUUUUGAAUUUUAUACACAAAAAACAUUUUCGAAUAAUUUUGUAUUAAUUAAUAUCUAAAUUAUAUUACAUUUUUAUAUAUAUUUAUUAUAAGGGCAAUAUUACCUAUUGUUCGUUGUUUGCUUUUUUAAAAAGUGACUUUUGCUGGCUUUAGACUAAUAAUUAUUAAUCAUAUCAUAUAUGUUUAAUUAUAAUGAUACGCUUAAUAGAUUUUGUUGACACUUCUAAAUUAUCUACGGCUUUAGUUGAGAAGAAUUGUGCAAUGGAACGAUAAGUCAAUGGUCCUUGUCACUUAACUAAGGAUAAAAACAAAAUUCAACGAUCUGUUUUUUACAUUUUCUGAUUAUUAUUUCUCUUAGGAUUUCAAGGUUACUUUUUUAUUAGUUGUAAAUUUCUUGCACAUCUGAGUCAGUUGUUAAAAAAUUCGUUUACAGUUUUACUAGAUAUAUAAAAUUUCGUUUAUUUUUUGUAAUAAAAAUAUACAGAAGAAACAAACAUCAAAUAUUCAUAAUCUAACCAUUAGACGGAGGUAUCUUAGAAUAAUCAUCUAGGUUAUGACAGAUAUAACAGUUAAACAUGUUAUGACCAGAGUAAGUAAACCGACGAUUAGCGACAGUCCGGUUUUCAAUUUUCUUUGCGGCUGCGCGAAAUAGAUAAUCUAUCUGUCAUAUGACGAAGCGAAGUUGCCACUGUUGCCAUUUAUCAAAUAUCUCUGUAUACUCUAUUUCAAGUAUGCCUCAGGCAACGAAUCAUUUUUUUAAUUAUUUAUUAGCUGUAAGAUAUUUUAUACAUUGAAAUUUAGAAAUAGGGAUUAAACAAAACAAAAAAAAUAUGUGUAAAACUUUAUAAUUAAUUCUACUUCAAAUUAUGAGCAGUGUAUACCAUGUUUAUAGGACCACUUCAUAAUUAGACCAGUUAUUUAGAUAGUCUAUUUGUCAAACACGUCAAAAGAGAGAGAAAGCAAAUUUGGUCCCACCACAUCAAAAGAGCCGACGCCGACGGUUUCUGUCGCUACUUGUCGGUUUACGUACUCUGUUAUAUAGAAGAUUAUUUUCCUUUAUCUAUGGUUAUGACUGACUUCUAUGAAGGUAACCUGUGAUUUUAGAGCCAGUCAAUAUCUUGACCACUCUCAAAUUGAGCUGGAGAAUUGCCUCUUAGCAGAGCUAUCAUAAAAAGAGAAGAAGAACUUCUAACGCAAUUUCACUUAAAAAUUGUUUAUCUAGAAUCCAAACUCCAUCUCUAUCCAAAUUCCAUCUCUAUAAUCCAAACGCCUCUAGACUACUGGCGUACAAGUACAAGUAAGCUGGAAUAGGUCAAAGUCGAAUACUGAAGAGAUUUCGUGUUUCCUAGUGUAAUAAAAAUAAACCUAGUUCAUAGUAGUACCAAAAUAAACUUUUAUGGUUCAAUAAAUUCAUCAUUAUACAGGGUGGUUCAAUAGAGGACGUCGGUUGUAGCUCGGGAACCGUUAAUGAUAAGAUGUAAACUAUUUCCUAUAAGUUCGAAAAUUGGCCGCUAGGAGAUGUAAUAGCAACACUCAAUUGAAAUUCCAAUUUUUAAUAACUAUGUACAUCCGUUUUCCUCUAAACCAUUUUUGUUUUCAUUUUACUAUUCAAUGCCCUUUAUAAUAAUAAUAAUAAUAAUAGCUCCCGUAUAUAGCGUUUGACGCCUUGGGAGUAGCAAGGUACAGCUUGCCAUGCUAGAGCCGUUCGGUAUACAAGGAAGGUUAUGUGGCUAGCACUACGCUUUAACCGCCUAUUAUUACCUCAGGAUUGUGAAUCCCAAGUACUCAUUUAAGGCUGUGUCGACCUAGGUGCCCAAACUAUUUUUAUUUUAAUAAAAAUAGUCGGUUGAUGAAAUGCCGGGUGUGGGAUUCGAACCCACUACCUUGAGAUUGGUAGACGAGAGCCUGUACCUCUACGCCACCGGGCACCUGUAUCAAUGCCCUUUAUACUACAAAAUACACUAUGAUAUAAGUCUUAGCAUACCAUUUGAUUUUAUUGAGAAAAUCUGCAAUAUUUGAAGAAUAUCAAAACAAUGCCAUCUAGUGAUCAUUUACAAAGUCAUUAUGAGAGAGUUUAUGACACAAUGAAUGGAACAAAAAAGAUUUUUUUUCCAUAACAACUUAACGUUAAAAUCUGUUCAUCCCAAACAGAGGUAUCGACAAUUGAAUAUAAAAAUGUGUAACCUUCCUGUACUACUUUUUUUGACAAUAGACAAAAUUGUUUUCAUUACCGAUUUCGAACAAUUUCCAGUGAUUUUCCUUAGCUUCUAUCAUUGUAUCAUCUUUGACUAGGUAAUUGAGAAGUGUCAAUUUGGUUAGUAAUAAUUUAAGAAUUUUUAUACAAAACACACGUGUAUGCCAGUUUUAUGUCAGAUAAAUAUAAAUUUGAUUAUUUUUUAUUCUCUUUUAUUCUCAUGUUAAAUGUAAAUAUUAAUUAUAUCCAAUAUUUAAAUUCUUUUAGAAAUUGCUUUUAGUUUUAAACUGUUUAAGUUAUCUAUUAGCAAUAUAAUAAUAACUUAACGUUUCUAUUAUUAUUUAUUUAAUAAUAUUUCUUUUCAGAAAUUACUUGUGAUUAUAGUUGAAAAAAUAUUGUAAAUAAGCACAUAUAGGUAUAAAUUUUUGUACAAAUAUAAACAAAAUCACUAAAAGUGACAAGUCUACUGUGGUAAAAUACUUUGAUUGUAAAUAUAGAUAUUUUUUAUUUUAUCGCCAUUUUUUACUACAAUUAGGCUUUGAGACAAUGAGUUUAGUUUGGGUCUUUAUAAUAUAUGUAGAUAAGAAAAGUGUUUAUUCCAAGUAGACUUUAACUUAAGUACUGAUUUUCUAUGAGAAAAAAUCGUUAAUUAUAAUAACAUUCCUGUAGAAAUAGGAAUGAGCACAAAAUAUAUUUGUUUUGAACGUGUAUGGAAUUGUAAAUUAUAUAUGUAUGUAAACAUUAUUUUUAGACUUUUUCAGAACAUUUUUACUAAAUUCGUUAAUAAAAGGUGUACAAAAUA